AUGAACGGUAGAAAGGGAAAGAAGAAAAGCCCUCUAAAGCGGCGGAAGAACCAAUCCCAGAAGAAAGGCAAGGUCGAGGAGGCGGAUCCGAAGAGCAACCCCAACCUGGGACCGGAAAUCGAAGAAGCUUCCUCGACUUCCGACUCGCCAAAGAAGAGUUCAAGGAACCAAGAGCACCCUCCGAGCUUCGAGCCCCGAAAGACCAGGGCGGCGCAGGUUGCCUCGUCUUCGAAUUUCGAGGGACUUACGUGCAUAAGCUGCAGCUUCAAGUGCAACAAAAGGUCCACGAUGAUAGCUCACCUGGCCGAGAAGCACGAAAAGCCGACCCGGGACUCUUCCUCGGGGAAAAGGGAAUACCCUUGCAUAGUCUGCGGCCUCGUCUGCACCCGGAAGGAGACCCUGAGGUCCCACUUCGUGCGGAAGCACACCCAACACUUCGAGUACUCCUGCGAACUGUGCGGUAAAGAGUUCAAGAUCAAAGGAGACCUCACUACCCAUACUAGACUGAACCAUCUAGAGAUGCCGGUGAUAUGCGACGUUUGCGGGAAGUCCUGCAGGAACAGCCACUCGCUGUACACACACCAGAAACACGCUCAUUACAAGGCCAAGUACGAAUGUCCAGUCUGCAAGAGGAGACUCGUUACGCAGGAGAACCUCGACCAGCACGUGCUAACGCAACACGAGAAGAAGGAGAAAUCCAUUUGCGAGGAGUGUGGAAAGACCUUCUUCGAGAACUACGAGCUGCGGAAACACAUGAGGAUCCACACAGGGGACAAGCCGUACAGCUGUACGGUUUGCCAUAGAGCUUUUGCCCGCCAUAGCAGCCUAAGUCAGCAUCUUCUUCUCCACACUGGAGAACGCAUCUACACAUGCGACGUGUGUGGCAAAUCCUUCGCCCAAAAGGCCGGACUCAUCUGCCACAGGAAGAUUCACUCGGGGACGCUUCCUCCUCUUCCCGUGAUCCACAUCGACCAUAUCCUGAAGGACUUCAUGAAGAAGUAG